CCAGAUUGGGCCGCCUAGCUGCUGCAAUUCUCUCUGUUUCUCUCUCUCUUUCUCUCUCUUGCCCUAUGCAUCUCUCCUCUCCCUUACCUAAACCUCCGACAGCAUUUGGAGCCUGCAGAGCAAUGAGCAGGACGGGGGCCAUCACUUGCAGGUAGCAUGUUUUGUGUCACAUUACAACAUCCAUAACUGCCAGAGAAAAGAGGUUGAGACCACUACCUUCCAACAGCAACCAAUAAAGCACAAAAGAAGAAAAAAAACUGGAGGAGAAGACAGGAUAAAAGGAGAGAUGACAGACCAGCACUAGAAAGGAUGAGAGCCCUGGCCAUGCCUGUCUGCUCUGCCUGUCUGCUCUGCCUGUUCCUCCUUCUGUUGUGUGGGCUGCUAGGAGGUUGGGUGCUGUCUAUCUGCCCCACUGUGUGCUACUGCAGCAGGGGACAUCGUGUGGUGGACUGCUCCUCACGUGGUCUAACCAAGCUACCGCCUGGUCUGCAGCACAACAUCCACUUUCUCAACCUCUCUUUCAAUAGCUUGCAGGGUCUGGAAAGUCAGCUCACCCACUAUGCCCACCUGCGAACCCUGGACCUGUCCUACAACCGCCUGGCGACCCUGCCCUCCGCCCUGCCGCGGUCUCUGUGGGACAUCCGAGCGGCGGGCAACCAUCUGCGCUUGCUGGACAAAAGAGACACAGCUUACCACUGGAACCUGAAAGUACUGGAUCUUUCGGACAAUGAGCUGGAGAGAGUGGUCUUCAUCAACAACACCCUGGCAAGUCUCCUAACUCUCAACCUCAGUCACAACAGGUUUUGGACGGUGCCCACAAAUUUGCCGCACAACUUGGAGAGCAUUGAUUUGUCACAUAACUAUCUCAUGCAGAUCCUGCCUGGCUCUUUGGAUCGGCUGCCAAAGCUGGCUAAGUUCUUUUUGCAUAAUAAUCGGUUCUCCUUGUUGUCUAAAGGGAUAUUUGAUAAGCUGGUGGGGCUUGAGGUGAUGACUCUUGGGGAUAACCCCUGGGCUUGUGAAGAAGAAGAAAACAUAACAAAGCUCUUGACAUGGGCUGAGCAGACCCGUGCCACCAUCUUAGGUUGCCCCUGUUAUAUAAGACCUAUUUGUGGGCAAACCCAUCAGGCAAUGCCAGGGAGGGAGUGGCACUCUGCACUGUUCACAGAGAUACCACUUUGGGUUAACAGCAGAGUUGAAGGGCAUGAUGGUCAAUCACCUGCAAGGAUUGCAGAGGUCACGUCUAGUUACCAGGCAAAAUUGGCUCUUUUUGACACAGGAGUAUAUCAGGACAAAAGAGGAGUGAAUGAAUCUGGGGACCACAGGAUGUUUGUCUGGACAUCUCCCACAAACUUUGACCGUUUUUCCACACACACAAAAACAACAGCAAGCCCACUGUCUUCAAAGAAGUCCAAAGCUGCUAACUCAAGGAAUAAAUGUGACAAACUCCUAAUUGACAUUCAACAAACGGUCAGCCUGACUAUUUUAGCUAUAUUGACCGGAUUUAACACCUUCUGAACCACGUUGAGUAGAUAAAAAAAUACACUACUUAGUGGAGUAUUUCUGACAAUGAAUGUAUGACUAAGUUAGUCAACUUAGCAGCGCCAUCAUUUGUCUUGCAAAGAACUGUUUUGACUCAAAAUAUCUGAAUACAUCGUUCAACUGGAGUACUACUAUCAAUUCUCCUAUCUCAGUAAUGCUUGGACACUGAUAGACUGCUGUACUCUAUGCUUUCUUCAUAACAGUGAUGCCUGUGCUACAUUUGGUCCUGCUGAUUAGUGAGUAGUCAGCCUAAGAAAGUCUACACAAACAAAAUAGGGAAAAAAUUACCAAUAAAGGCCUAGUUAAAUGAAAAAAAACUUCAAUAGGAAUUCAUGGACUGAUUAUAGGUGUUCCUGUCUGACCAGUUGUCAGUAGGUGGGACUAUGACUGGGACUCAAUAUGUAUGCAUGUAGAUGUCUUCAGGCCUUGACUCUUAUCUAGCAUUUGAUAUUUUGGACCCCAAAUCCUUAUAUAACUCUAAUGUAGAUGUCUGAAAUUUGUUAGGCAUAAAGUGUGUAUCAUAUCCAGAUUUACAAAAAAAAGCAUUUUGGAGACAUCCACUAAACCCAACAGAAAUUAAAUUUUCUGUGCCAAUUAUGGCCGAUUUUGGCCAUUUUCAUGGGCUGUGCUUUUACAUACUCCUCCUACAGAUUUAACCCGAUUUACUUCAAAUUGUUCAUUACAAUCUAAAGACCUUGGCACAGCUAAAUUGAGAAACUUUUCAUUUUGGUGUGGGCGUGGCAAGGCAGUGAAUUUCCAUUUUGUCCCACCAGGAAGUGGUGUGUAACUAGACUAUACAUUGUCCAAUCUGCACCAAACACCUCAUGCUUGAUAAGAGUCAUAGCAUGAGGACAUCUACAUAAUAAUAUUGAGUUCAGGGCUGGGCGAUAUGCAGAAAAUCAAACAUCGCGAUAUUCUUGUCCUAAUACCUCAAAGUCGAUAUUGUGGGGAUAUUAUAGGGUUGACAAUUGGUGCUUUAACAAAAUAUCUUCAUAAUGAGAUUUAAGAUAAAUAAUCAUUAAUGUAGGUAUACAAUUUAUGAUAUGUAGUAUAUAAUAACUAAGUGUGUAAAGGUAAAAAUAAUAGGGCUAGUCAGGUAACAGUCUAGUAACACAGAAAAUGGCAUCACUUUACUGUAAUGCAGCAAAAGACCCAUUUACGACAUAACAAUUUACAAAAUCCGACAAUAUCUAGUCUCAUAUCACAAUAUCAAUACAAUAUUGAUAUAUUGCCCAGCCCUAAGUGAGUAUUAGUCAUAGUGCCUUCUUUUGGCUAGAUGAAGUUACAGUCGUUUUCAGAAUCAGAAAUACUUGUUUUAUGUCCUCUUCCUAGCGGGUUGACCAGGUUCACCUCAAAAGUGACCUUUAUGUUGCUUGCUGAGGCUUUAUUUUGAAGAUUGUGAAUGGCCUAGUUAGUUUUAAUGUUAUGAAAUAAGAAAGGAAUUGUAAUUGGUAAGCAAAUGCUAUGUAAUUCUUGGGGGUGUAACCUAAUCUCAACAGGAGGUUAGCCAUUUUAGGUUAACGGUGCAGAUUCAGUGCAUUUUUUUGUCAUUUACAGGUGUCAUACUUUAACAAACAUAUCCUAUCCUGUAUAUCCUCACAUCCUGUUUUACUACAUUUAUUUUUUUCAAAGAUCAAUAACUAGUGCUGUCAGUUAUUAACGGUGUUAAAGCAACGGCAUACAUUUUUUUUAUUGCAAGGUUAAUGUUCUUUUUGGCCUAGCAAACUUUGCAGUUUUUUUCACAUGCUGUUGCAACAACUAGUAACGUUAAAACUACACCGGAUCUAGCUAGACCAGAAACAAAACAACAGGCACGCUGCACACUCUUGCUUGGGCUUGCGAGCUGGCCAAAGAGUAGUAGGCUAACGCUUUAAGAGGAUGGCGAGCGCAAUACACCGAAAUGGAUGCCAAUAAGCUUUUGAAUGGAAAGUUGAUUUUUUAAAAGUUGCCAAAUGGUUCCAUUGACAAGACCAAAGUGAUCUGUGUGUUUUGUCGAGCUAUCAUUGCAGCACGUCCAGUCUGAAAUACCGCUUGAUGGCCAAGCACACAGCUGAUGCAAAUUCUCCGCCGCCUUAAAGUAUUUUUUUCACCAUUUUAUUGAUGGACAGUGUUACAUUGUGUGAGAGAUUAUUUGCUCCAAGUGUGAAUGAGUGCUCCAAGUGAGGAUGUUAGUGUGAAAUUGAACACUACACCAGGCUAUAUGCCAAUGUUGUUUUCAAUAAAAAAAAACAUUUGCACAAAGCAAACCCAUCCACUUUUCCACGUUGUUAAGAGCAUUAAAAUGAGAAUAACUAAUUGGACAAAAAAAAAUCAAGGGACAUUUAGAAUAGAUAAAAAUGUGCGAUUAAUUGCAAGUUAACUAUGACAUUAAUGCAAUUAAUCGCGAUUAAAUAUUUGAAUUGUUUGACAGCAUUAUCCAUAACCAUAACAUUUGUGCACAGUUUGGAGAAAAAAUAUUGUUGAAGCAAAGAAUGUCUAAUGGCAAAGUCAAGGACGUGGUGAUAUUAAGACGCAUUUGUGCUUGGGUGGAACUGAAGCUAUACAAGGACAAGAUGGUGGUGCUGCACCUGGAGCAGACAGGUUACAGUCUCAAAACAGAUCGCCGGCAGACAUUGUUAACAUUUUUGCAGCGCUGGCUAAGAUCUCAGCCAACUUAAAGUGUCUAAAGAAAAUUGGCCACUCUAUUUUUUCAAGAGACAAAACUUUCCACCUUAAUCACCUGAAUAGAUGAGGUUGAGAAGGGGGUGGAGAACCCAAGAAGGGCAAGUUUAUCCACCAGCUAGCAAGAAAAAGGUGGAUCUGCUCUGGAAAUGUAGAAGAUAUGGGGAACUGGUUGCAAUAAUGUUCA